GGAAGAAGUUUGUAAAUUUUAAAUGCAUGAGAAGUUCCGCAUUUUAUUUAAAUUACUUUUUUUCAAAAUUCAAUACUAUUUAAACCAUACCACUGGUGAUAGGGAAGUUUUCGAAGUACGAAAUUUAUUAUUUCCUCUACAUUUAAACCAUCAGUAUAUGUGAAAGGAUAACCAAUGUUGAGCCAAAUAAUAAAUAAACGCCUCGGUGUUCCUGUGGUAGCAUACUGACUUAGAGAGCAUGAUGUCCUGAGUUUAACCCUGGUUGGAACAAACUGGAGAUUUCAUCAUUGGUGUUAGCUUCUUUUCCGCCAUACAACCGGGAAAGGUUUUAAUACAGGAAGUAUUAGUAUCCUAUGAAGAAUAUGAAUGUAAUAGGCUUUGAAAAAAUUGUGUGUUCAUCCCUUUUAGUGUUCACAUUGUACAAUGCUUGUACUGAAGCCAUAUCCCUUCAACGACAAAUUCUGCUUGAUAUCAUUGAAAACAGAACUUAUGACAAAAGGAUCCCACCUGGAAUAGAUUUUGGCGAUAUAUACGAAGAGCAGCCAACAAAUGUUAGCGUGCAGUUAUUUAUCACAGAAAUAUAUGAUGUCAACGUUAACGAAAUGGAUUUUUCCAUAACAUGCUAUUUACGGCAGAAAUGGGUUGACCAUCGCCUGAACUUUAGCCAUCCAGACAUAACUCUAGAAUUGACUCAAGAGGAAAUUAAUAGUAUUUGGACCCCGGAUACAUUCUUCCCAGAAUCUAAAAAAGGAGAUCUACAUACCAUCACUAAACCGAAUACAUUGAUGCAUAUUUAUCAUAAUGGAACGGUUCUUUACAGUUUAAGGUUGCAUGUACAGCUAUCGUGUUCAAUGGAUUUCCACUUAUAUCCGCUUGACCAUCAAAGGUGCCCAAUUCAUUUAGAAAGCUACGGGCUGACGGCAAGCAAACUUUUGUAUACUUGGAUUGAUGGCACGCCAGUACAUGUAAAGAAUGAAAAUCUACCACUGUAUGAUAUAAACGGAAAUCCACCAACAGAUGUCAGUUUAUGCCACAGAAGUUUGUUUAAUGGAGGUACUGGUUUUUCUUGUCUUACAAUGGUUAUUGAACUAAAGAGAUCCGUUGGAUACUACAUGACUGAAAUAUUUAUUCCCGACAUUCUCAUCGUUGGUCUUUCGUGGGUCUCGUUCUGGUUGCACCCUCUAGCUGUUCCGGGACGUGUUUCGCUAGGUGCAGUCACUGUCCUCACCAUGUCAUCUCUAGGAUCAGCGUCCAGAAGAAAUGCCCCACGUGUGUCAUAUGUAAAAGCUGUAGAUGUGUGGAGUUUGUUUCAAAUCAUGUUCGUGUUUAUUGCACUAGUUGAAUUUUCUGUUGUAAAUGUACUUGCACGAUUCAAAGUGUCUGAUGCGAGAGCGUCAGAAAUAGCACAAGAGAGUGCAUCAAAGUAUAGAGAGUCACAGGGAAAUGUCCAAGAUCCAGAUAAAGAUGAAAGCAGAAGACCUUAUUUAGGAAGGGCCAAGAAGAUAGAUAAAAUAUCAAGAAUUGCCUUUCCUGCAGUCUAUCUAUUUUUUAACUUUCUUUUCUGGGUCAUUGUACCAAAUCUAUGAAACGCAAAAUCAAAAUAUGUUUGAAUCAUUAUACUGGUAAAACAAAAAAAUGGAUUAGCAAACCACAAAAAAUCUGACUUCUUUUUAUUAUGUAUAAAUUGAAUAUUAUGUACAUUUAUUUAUUAUAAUUUAACCUAGGUCUUGUAAAACUAAAUAUAAAAUACUCCCUCAUACAUGUUCAACAACUGUCCCCAUGGGCCAUGUGAGCUAUUACCAUCACUUGUCAUUUGUCUACGUAAACGUUUCAAAACUCUUUUUUCCGAAACCAAUGAACCAAUUCCAACAAAUUUAACUGAAUGAUCAUUAAGAGGGAUCUAGCAGAAAAAUUGUUUUUUUUUAUCAACCAACAUGACCGCAAUGGCUUAAAACAGAACAUAGAGGUAAAAAAUGAAAGUAAUCGUCUAAUAUAUUAAAAACCUGCAUACUUGAAAAUACCUCUUUACCUAUUUUAGCACUUUUGCCGAUUACAUUUGUUUACCCUGAAAAAAAGUUUGUGAAUAAGAUUGAAAUCGUUAAGCGAUUCGGCUUUGAGCAUUUCUGAUUAAUAACAAACCGUUCUUAAAUUGUUCGUUGACAAAUUUAGAAAUUAUUAAGAAACUAAGGUUUAAACUCUCUCAGUCGAAGUUGACCUUCGAUGAAUUUGGCUAUUAUUGUAGGUUUUUUUUUGGUCUUAUAUCUCUUCAACUGUUUCAGUUCUUAUACGUCCUUGGCUUUUUAAAUAUUCGGCUUCAAUCGUUCUUAAUGACGGUAAAUCCAGAAAUGCGCUACGUACGCAUGAAUUUAUAAAGAGUUGGUUUGAUAUCCUAAUUAUGGAGUUAUGGUUCCUUAAACGUUUUCUGAAUUUUGCCUUUUAUUUUGAUAUGCUUACUUGAUAAAAAAAAAAACUGUAACAAUAAAAACUGUCAGCAAUAGGAGAUCUAAGAUAAGUUUAUAUAUAACUGACAUCGUUCAUUCACUCCUUAUAGUAGGGUUCGUGUUCCUCAGUCUUUAUUUUUCUAUGAAGUGUUAUGUGAAUUUUGUUUUUCUUGUCAUCUUCUUUUUGCUACAUAGCAACAAUAUUAGUUUUACAUGUCCAUUUGGUAUCUUCUGCGUUUAUCCCUGCGUUUUUAAAUAGAAUUCCGGGUAUGUUGAUGCAAGUUUAAAACACAAUGGCUUCGAGUUAGUUGGCAUGCUGUUUCUAAGUAUGGUUAGGAAAGAUUAGUGAUUUUAUCACAGUUGAUGAAUUCACCCAAACCAAGAUAAUUCAAUCAAAGUAGUGUUAAAUGUGUGGUAUAAACAUAGAAAAUAUAAUUUAAGACAAAAUAAAAAAUAAUCCAAGCGCCGUGGAUUGAUAGACAAUUUUACGAGCGAUUUACAGAAAAUAAUGCAAUUUCCUUCUGAUGUUCUCUAGGGUCACAAGUGAGCCAAACUUUUUUGGAUGUGCAUAUUUAACUUAAUCUACUAUUGGGACACAUUUCCUUUAGACGAUUUCUUUAGACGAUUUAGAAUAUAAAAGUACUUUUAGGAUUAAUGUUCUUAACAAUAACCAUGAAAUUAAAUGAGCAAUGAAACAAUGUCAAUACACCGUCCUAGUAUAGCGCUUAUUGUCUUACUUCGCGUUCAAUGUUUAAUAAAUAUUUUCAUUGUAUAACACCAGACUUUUUGUUUACAAGUCUUGUCGUUCUUGUAAGUAUGGAUAUUAAAAUUAGUGAUUUAAUCAGAGUUGAUAAAUUCAUCCAAAAACAAGUUGAUUCAAGGACAGUAGUAUUAUACGUGCUCUAUAAAAAUAUUCAUGAUCAAAAUUCAAAUCCUGUACCCAAGCGCGUGUGGAUUGCUAAAUAAUUUUACAAGCAAUUUACAGAAAGUAAUGAAACAUAUCCAUAACAAGUGAGCCAUACUUGAUUGAAUGUGCUUGAAUUAUUUAAGCUAAUAUUGGGAAACAGUUCAUUAGGACGUUUUUAGAAGUACUUUUAAGAUAAAUGUUCUUAACAAUAUCCAUGAAAUAAGCAAUGACACGAUAUCAAUACACGAUGGUAUAAUUCUUCUCUGUAAGUUAACUCAUAUCCGCCUUCUUGAACCCAUACACCGUGUUUUAAGUACAUUUUGACGAUCAUUGUGUAAAACUUUACCGAUUUUCAUUCCAGAGUUUUGAGUUUUCCAUCGGUUUUUUUUGUGGGACUCGUAAUUUAGACUUACAUGUAUGGGAGUAGUAUUUUGUGAAUUGGUUUUUGUCCCUUUGUCGUUUUAUUUCCAGUUAUGGUAUUGGGUUUAUUUAAUUCGACGCAUUGUAUAGCUGGCCUGAUAUAUUACCUACAAAUAAUUAGCUUUGAAAUUCCUUUUAUUUACUUAAGUCGCUGAUUAACUUCAGAGUCUUUAUAAAUUAUUCCUCGAAUUACAAACAUUGAAAUAUGGGAUUCUUGAUAAAAUGGACUCUUCUUGAUUUGAAUCAAUAACUAGUGAGCAAUAAUUAGUGAUCAAAUAUCGAAAUACAAUUUUUCUGAAGUAAGAACAUUUUGAACAUGGUAAACUGAUUCAUGAUAUUAAAAGCUGAAUCUAAUUUAGAAUAUUGCGAGAGAACAACAUUUGCAUUGCAAACCUAAUAUCAAAAUGGAGUAUAAAUAUCAUCUUCAACAACAUGUACAACAAUUUUAUUGACGACAAAUAAAUAGUUUACAUUCAUUGAACCAAGAUAAGAUUUACUUUGACGGAUAUAACGCUGCAGUUAAACAGUAAAAUAUCUUUAAGUGUUUACCUUCCAACAUCAUUUACUUUGAUUUCGUUAUGGGUAGAUAUCGUCUAACCCCUGUAUCGUUGUUUUUUUUUAUACUGGUAUCUGUAUCUAGGUCAAAUGUCUUCAAUACGUAGUAAAGUAUUCAAUACGGAAGUGGUUGAAUACCUAUCUCGUCAAGGUAAUAUUUUUGUUAUACCAGAUGUAUUAUUGCAUAACGAAGAACAUGUACAUGAAAUAAUAUAUUACUUUUUAAGGUAGGCAUUUGCCGUUACGAUUUUUGUUUCGAUUGUAUUCAAGUCAAUUGCAUUAUGGGUUGUUUUUUUUUUGUAAAGUUUAAGGUUAUGAUUUUAAACUAUUUGCUAAAAUAUCUAUCUAUAUCUAAUAAAGGGAUGAUUUUAUAUGAA